AUGUACUUAAAAGCCAAAGAUUGUGAAGAACAUUUGCCUAAAGAAGGGCCAGAGAUUGGAUCCAUACGAGGUUUGAUAUUUGAUGGAGAUGUUAAUACUUAUGGUCGUGGAAUUGGGGCAAUCAUUGUUAUGCCUCAAGGUUCUCACAUUCCUUUUACAGCAAGAUUGAUGUUUGACUGCACCAAUAACAUGGCAGAAUAUGAAGCUUGUAUCAUGGGACUAGAGAAAGCCAUUGAUUUGAGAAUCAAGAUUCUUGACGUAUAUGGAGAUUUGUCCCUGGUUGUUAAUCAAAUAAAAGGAGAAUGGGAGACUCAUCAUCCUGGCUUAAUUCCCUACAAAGAUUAUGCCAGAAGACUAUUGACCUUCUUUAACAAAGCUGAAUUCUAUCACAUACCUCGUGAGGAAAAUCAAAUGGCAAAUGCAUUGGGUACCUUGGCUUCCAUGUAUCAAGUGAAGUUUCCCAAUGAAGCACCUCAAAUUACAAUCAUGCGUCUUGACAGGCCGGCUCAUGUAUUCGUUGUUGAAGAAGUCAAAGACAACAAGCCUUGGUUUUAUGACAUUAUACUUUUUCUACAAAAACAAGAGUAUCCACCUAGGGCAUCAACAAAGACAGGAAAACUAUGA